AUACUAACCAAUAACGAUGGUCGUAUUGGCCAAAAUUCACAAUUCAGAGAUUCACCAAGAUGACAUCCUUACACCUUCUCCCUCCAAUCUCAUCCCUCUCAAACUCCACAUCCAAAAAAUCCCCAAAACCCAUCAAAAACCCUAAUUUCACUAUCCUCAAUCUCCAUCCCUGCUCAAUACCCCUUCAAUUCAACAAAACCCCGUUCAAUUCCCAUCUCAAAACCCCCAAUUCUCUCUCUUCCAACCCUCUAAAGCCCUUAAACAGUCUCAUUUGCAGGAGUCUCAAAGAAUCGCAAGAUGACACCAAAACAACUUUAUCCACCAAAAGCGGUGGCGGAGAUGGUGGUGGUGGCGGCGGAGAUGGUGAGGGAGAUGAUGGAAAUAAAGGGGAUUCUUCCAGUUUGUUGCCGGAGUGGUUGAACUUCACUUCUGAUGAUGCAAUAACUGUAUUUGCUGCGGUUGCAGUUUCGCUUGCUUUUAGGUCGUUUAUAGCUGAGCCCAGAUUCAUACCUUCGUUGUCUAUGUUUCCUACAUUUGAUGUUGGGGAUCGACUUGUAGCAGAAAAGGUGACGUACUAUUUCCGAAAGCCUUGUCCCAAUGACAUUGUAAUUUUCAAAAGCCCUCCAGUACUUCAAGAUGUUGGCUAUACUGACAAUGAUGUUUUCAUCAAACGAGUGGUCGCCAAGGCUGGUGAUACUGUGGAGGUAAAGGAUGGAAAGUUGAUUGUAAAUGGCGUUGUGAAGGAUGAAGCUUAUAUUUUCGAAUCUCCUAAGUACAACAUGACCCUUACACGUGUUCCAGAGAAUUCAGUUUUUGUGAUGGGUGACAACCGUAAUAACAGCUAUGAUUCUCAUGUGUGGGGUCCCCUUCCUGCCAAGAACAUUAUUGGCAGAUCACUCUUCAAGUAUUGGCCUCCUAACAGAAUUGGGAGUACAGUUCUACCAGAGGGUUGUGCUAUUGAAAAACAAGAAAGCCCUUCGACAUCAUCAUGAGGUAGCCAAAAUUGUUCUGAAGGGUGCAGCAACUCCAUUUUGCUAUUAGAUCAUCCACUUUCUUCAGCCACAAAAGGCGAUGAUUUCUACAGUUGUGUAUAGCGCAGCAGAAGUAGAGGUGUUUGUUAGUCACUUUGGAAGCUCCAUUGGUCGUUGAAAUCUUUGGAUGAAGAUCAUUUACGAGUAAGAUCAGUUGACUCUGCAAUUGAAACUAGUAUCAACCAUCAAGAAUGUCGCAGACUGUUAGUAUCUUCAUUUUCUUUCUUUCGGAAUUAUGGUCUAGAAGUUCUGUUAGAUGGGAUACCAUUUUGUAUCAGCUAAUUAUUGGCCACAAGUUAAACUGUGUAGAUUAAAGAAAAGAGAAUCAGUAGUAAUUAAUACUCAAGAAGUGAAGGUGAAACACUUA